GCGAUGCUACACAAAGAGCUGGUGGUGUUGUUCCUUGGACACUGCAUGCUCUUGAGCCUCUGUUCAAGCGAUGCUGUACAAAACAAUGGAACGUGCCACCAUCCCGCCCUGAAUGGAACAUAUAAAGAGAAUGAAGCUGUCAGGCUACAAUCAGGCUGCCCACCUCAGCCAACUACUCACACUUGUCAAGCAGAUGGAACAUGGAAGCCAAAAAUUCGCAAAAUAUGCAAGCAAUCUAGAAAGUGUAAACAUCCUUCCAAAUCUGUUAAGGAACGAUUUGACGUGAAUAAUGAAAUAAAGAUGCCUGCAACCUGCACCGACUCAACCAAUACAAAUUCAUCUGAAGCAUUCACACAGCACGUGUGUCAGCCAAACGGACAAUGGAAGCCACGUUACGUGAAUCCUUGCAAGCGUAGAAACAGGUGCGCCUGCGCUGAACCUCCUCAAUAUCCAAAGGCUCGACUAGAAACCCUCAAAAGGGCCUGCCCUAGGGAAGGAACUAAAGCCAUCUAUGGGUGUCAAAGCAACAUGAAAGGAGGAGGAAUAUUAGUAUGCAGAGAUGGCCAAUGGAGGGGUGAUCCAAUUCAGUGCCACAAACAAAUAAAAUCAGGCAACAACAAUGGUACUGGUUUACAACAAUCGACAUGCAGUCGCAAAAUAUGCAAGCAAUCUAAAAAGUGUAAACAUCCUUCCAAAUCUGUUAAGGAACGAUUUGACGUGAAUAAUGAAAUAAAGAUGCCUGCAACCUGCAAUGACUCAACCAAUACAAAUUCAUCUGAAGCAUUCACACAUCACGUGUGUCAGCCAAAUGGACAAUGGAAGCCACGUUACGUGAAUCCUUGCAAGCGUAGAAACAGGUGCGCCUGCGCUGAACCUCCUCAAUAUCCAAAGGCUCGACUAGAAAUCCUCAAAAGGGCCUGCCCUAGGGAAGGAACUAAAGCCAUCUAUGAGUGUCAAAGCAACAUGAAAGGAGGAGGAAUAUUAGUAUGCAGAGAUGGCCAAUGGAGGGGUGAUCCAAUUCAGUGCCACAAACAAAUGAAAUCAGGCAACAACAGUGGUACCGGUUUACAACAAUCGACAUGCAGUCUUGAUGAACUCCUACUAAAGGUUCCCCCAGAGAUAUCCAUAGUGGCUGCCAAUCAAUCAAUCUAUCGAACAAAAAAGAGACUGCAGCUACAAUGUGAUAAAUACAACAAGAUCAUAGGACCCAAGAGGGUCAAAUGUAACCACGGAAAAUGGGAAUACACUGGGAAAUCCAAACAGCAGGUGCCAAGAUGUCACAAGCUCAACUAG